GAUGCGGAGGCGGCCGUGCCGGUGCGCCACCAGUCCCGGGCCUGGUGCUGGUGCAUGUGUCUGGGUCUGGCCCUCAUGCUGUCGGGGGUGGUGGUCGGGGGAGCCUACCUGUACCGAUUCUACGUCCUGGAGGUGAGCUACCACCGCCAACAAGGGUGGGACCAAGAGGAGGGCCGGUACUUCGUGUGCGGAGUGAACUACCGCGAGGAAGACUUCAUGGUCCUGGACGAAGAAGAGGUGGAGGUGGAUCUGCCGAACCAGUUCCACCUGCGUCUGGUGGAGGAGAGGAUCCGCGUGCUGGAGGACGAGCAGGUGGAGCUCAUCAACGUCCCCGUGCCAGAGUUCGGAGACGGAGACCCCGCUGACAUCGUCCACGACUUCCAACGGAGGUUGACCGCCUACCUGGACCUGAGUCUGAACAAGUGCUACGUCAUCCCGCUCAACACCUCUAUCGUCAUGCCUCCCAAGGACUUUUUGGAGCUGCUCAUCAACGUCAAGGCCGGCACCUACCUGCCUCAGUCGUACCUGCUCCAUGAGGAGAUGAUCGUGACGGAGCGCCUGGAGCAGGUCGACCAGCUCGGCUACUUCAUCUACAACCUCUGCCGCGGCAAAGACACCUUCAAGCUGCAGCGCAGAGACAGGAUUCUGGGUAUGCAGAAGCGUGAAGCUCUGAACUGCCACAAGAUCCGUCACUUUGAGAACAAGUUUGUGGUGGAGACUCUGAUCUGUGAGUCCUAAAGAGACCUCUCCUCCCCUCCUCUCCUCCCCCCCUCUCCCUCCUCUCCUCCCCCUCUCCCUCCUCUCCUCCCCCUCUCCCCUCCCCCUGUCAGAGGCCUGCAGCGAGCUCUGUGUGUGUAAUGCUCACCUGUCUUUACUUCUGUCCUUUACUUCAGGUAGUUUGAGUGAGAAAGAGGAGUGAAAUGUGAAGCUGUUUUGGUUAAAUAUUCAUUGAUUUGUGAUUUGAAGAAAGGAAAAAAAAAAAAAAAAAA